AUGAGCCUCUGGGGAAUCGACCGAGUCGAGCGUCUGCUCAAGUCCGGCACUGGCUACGUCGAGUGCUUUAUCAUCCUCAGGGUGGAAAGGAUGGAAACCCUCGAGCCGAGACGGGGCGUAAGUCGGUUCGGCCAGAAAACCCCCUACUGGGACGAAUCGGAGGGUGCCGUAAAUGCUCUGUGGGCGAGGAUGGACCCCACUAACCUGGCACAAGAAGAAGUUCUCGAGAACCUCUACCGCGCGCUCGUGUGCGUCAACCGCAACGGGCGGACCCUGUUCGACGACGAAUCACGCUAUCCCGUCACCUGCCGGCUCCCCACGCCGGCUGAUUUGAGGAAAUCCGAGUCUUGA